UUUUUUUUGUUUUUUUUAAAAUGUUUUUUUGAAGAAAACAUUUAAAGCAAUUUCAUUAUUUUUAUUAUUCCAAUUGUGUUUUUUUAAAAAUGUUUAAUUUAACAAUUUUAUAAUAAAAAAAAAUUAAAUUUUCUUUUUAAAUUUUUUUAAAGGAUAACUAUACUAUAAAAAAAAAAUGAAAUAAAGGAUGAUAAAUUCACGAAACUUAAAACAUCAUAAAUUUAAAAUUUUUUAAAAAAAAAAUUUAAAAAAAUCAAAUCAUGGUCAUAUCGGCAGAGAAUUAUAAUAACAUGGAUUCUUCACACAUCCCGAUCAUAGAUAGGUAUGACUACGAGCGCAUGCGUUCAUUGAUAAAUAAUGCUAAUAACGGCUGUUACGCUAAUUGGAGACUUAAGGUGGCCUCAAAUAGGUGCAAGGAUCAUUGCCAGGAAUCUCGUCAUCUCAACGGGAAAAAAGUAGCCAAGAUGGAUGACAAAAAUAUUUCGAACAUUCAAAAUUGCGAUCAUCCAUCUAAUCCGGCGAUUCCUGGCGGCUUAAGCGGCGGCGGUCUCAGAGUUAUCGACAGAAACAUAAUGUGUGAUGAUAUGCAAGAAAUUCUAUGCGAAAGGCACCACGCUCACGACGAGCCAAGGAACCCAGUACCUUGGAGCCUCAUCAAACGUAACGAGGAUAGAAAUUGUCGCACUGAUAGGUCAAACAAGGAUCGCCCGCAAUCUUGCUAUUACCUCAAUAACGUUAACGUCGACCCUCAACUUUAUAACGUCAAAUACAUAUCGGCCGAAGACCCCAUCGAUGGUUCGCUGGCCAAUAGGGUCGCUCUCGAGAAAAGGUGUUAUCAAUACGUUCACGACAAAUCAUCCCAAACCUCCUACAUCAAAGGAAAACUGUUGGGCAAGGGUGGAUUCGCAAAAUGUUUUAAAUUCACAGAAGUUACGACAAACAUCAAUUUUGCCGCAAAAAUGAUAUGCAAAUCUCAAUUAGUGAAAAUUUCCCAUAAAGAACAAGUUAAGCGGGAAAUCGAAAUUCACAGACCACUUUUUCACCCUAACAUUGUUCAUUUACAAAGCCAUUUUGAGGAUGAUUUUUACAUGUAUAUCAUCUUGGAAUACUGUGAUAAUAAAACUCUGGUCGAUCUAAUUAAAGAUAAUGGUACUUUGUCGGAAGAAGAAACGAGAUUUUUUAUGAAGCAAAUUCUUGGCGCUGUUUUAUAUCUCCACAAUAUCAAAAUAUUACACCGCGAUCUUAAACUUGGUAACAUGUUUUUAACUAAGCGAUUCAUCCUGAAAGUCGGAGACUUUGGACUUUCUUCCAAAUUAGAAGAGACCAACAAAAAAGUAUCCAUCUGCGGGACACCCAAUUAUAUCGCUCCUGAAAUAUUAUCCAAAACGGGACAUAGCUUUCCAGCUGAUAUAUGGGCAAUUGGUUGCAUAAUGUUCGCAAUGCUGAGCGGAAAGCCACCUUUCGAAUCCGAAAGCCUGCGGGAAACGUAUCAUAGAAUCUCGAAAAAUAUUUAUAAGAUACCUCACCAUCUAUCCCCCGAAGCCAAAGAUCUUAUCGCCAAAUUUCUAAUUGCUCAACCACACCUACGCAUCGAUCUGUGCGCCGCCAUAGAUCACCCUUAUUUUAUGGAAAACCUUCACGAGAGACGACACCUUUUAGAAAAAAGUAAGGCUUCCGUUCAUUCCCCUUUACAAAACGCCAAGAAGCAUAGCGCACCUGAGAUGAUAUCCUGCGUACUGGUUAAAAAGCGUACGCCAACUAAUAAAAUAAGUCACCUCAAACGUUACAGCUUGGCUUGCCCAGCUUCGAACCAAUCAACUCACGUAAAUGAGCUGGGACAGCGCCAUUUAUUGGAUAUUUCCAUCGAUUUUAAGGAUAGCGAUAAACUUGACCCAAAUCAAGGAAAACCAAUAAAACGUCCCGCGAGACCAGUGUCUACCAUAUUCAUGGGAGAUAACCAAAUAAAUAAAAAUCGCGGGAAAAACGACGUGGUCAAUAACGACAACCAAUAUAUUGACAACUCUAACCCUCAUCCUUACCCUUUGAAAAAGCUUUUCAAACCCUUCGAACCGAAAAGGAUUAAAGGUAAAUUUAUGCGCUGGGUUGAUAAGGUCAAAACUUUCAAAAGCAAUGCUGAGACCGAUUUGAUCAAAUCCGCCAAACCCCAAAAAUCAGCUUCGUACAGAGUUUUCCUUGCCAAUGAAACAAGUGGCCAAGAUAUAAGAUCAAGAUCUCGUUCCAUACUCAUUCCCCAACAAGUCAAGACUUCGAUUGAACCCUCUCUUGGUCUAAACAUUAAGAAACGAUUUUCUUGCGUAUUGAACGGCGAUAAAUAUUUAUUUAAUAACGAUAAAACCGACUUCAAAUCGACUCUCGGUGGUUUUCACGAUCUGGAUCAUGACGCUGGCCCCUCCCAGAACGAGGAGUUUCAUGCCGAAAACGAUUACGAUGCCAUAUUUUCUAAAAUUGCUAUUAAAAAUAAGCGUAUAGGCAAUGGCAGAAAACCUCUUUACUUUGCUUCCAAGGAAUCGAUUACAGGCAAUCAUAGACCGGCCAAAAAGGCUCAAUCUCUCAUAAAAUUAACCGAUAAAAUUAGCAGCGAUUUGUCCAGUUCUCCUCUUCCCUCGUCGUUCGAAGAAAAACUUUGCUACGAUCGUCUAAAAUGCGGUGCUAGGCGGGCAUGUAACAAUAAGGAAGACUCUGGCAACAGCAGUAGCGGUAUAGAGUGCCACUCCCCUUCAUCGGGCUCUAAUAGUCAGAAAGACAAGCUGGCCGAAAUAUUGCUGGUCAGUCACGAGGAUAAUGUAGACAAAUAUCCCCCCUUUAACCGUGACUCCAAAAAAAAAGGAAAUGUAAUGGAGACGCGUAAAGAAGUCUUAUCGGUGUUGGCCAAAAAAAGGAACUCAGAAAGCGAAGCCGCUCGUAUUUUAAACAGGCUACGGAGCUCGGUCGAGAAAUUGAUUGAUCAAUGCGAAAGAUCCAUCUUGGAGAUGAAUAGACUCUCUUGCUCUUCCUAUCUUAACUCGAAAACUUUCGAUGCUCAAAUCAAAGAAAGUUGUAAUAAGCAAUCUCACGAUAUAUCCUUCGAAAAUAUCCUAGAUGUAUCAUUAUGCAAUAAACUGAACAAAAAUGCUCAAUUAAUUGAUUCUCCAUUUGUGUGGGUUACUAAAUGGGUAGACUACGCCGAAAAAUAUGGUUUUGGCUAUCAAUUAUCAAACGGCUCACAAGGUGUUUUAUUCAAGGACGACGAACGAAUUUAUGUCGAAGGCCAAAGAUUAUCAUUAUACGACAACUCAAACGUGCUAAGACUCGCCAUGCCAUUAAAUGACGCUAUAAAGGUUGGACAAGCCAGCAAUAUAAAUCAUGCCAAAAAUCAAUUUGCUAAUAAGGCCCACGAUAAAUUGUGCAUAUACUCUCAUUUCGCCAGUUUCAUGGAAAGAAAUCUCAUAGAUGGAAUGGAUUACGUCGCCCUAAAAUCAUCCAUGACAGAUGAAUCGUCACGUUUUGUUACUCUAAAAAAAUUUAGUGGUAUUCAAAACCGAUCUCAUGGACACAAAAACCGAGAAAGGUAUCAAACUUUGCUCAUGCGCUUGAACGACGGCACUACUCAGAUAAAUUUCUUGAACGAUCACGUGAAAAUAAUAUUUGGCGUGAAUAAAUAUGAAACGAAUCCUUUGGCCCACCCCAGCCAUUCUCUUUAUCGAACUUGGGCCAUUUUUAUCGAUUUAAAUCGCAAUCAUUACGCUUUCGACAAUUUGGACGCUAUAAAAAUUUUGAAAAAGAUCGGGAGUAAACCCAGGGACCGUAGCAAUACGUUGAAUAGCUUAGUUUGUCUGAAGGGGAAGCUGGAAGUCGCCUUGUUUGAAUUGAAAGAAGAGAUAACCGCUCGACAGGAAACAAAAUAACGAUCCCAACAACGCCUUCUAAAAACAUUAUCUACCUCUUUUACUACCCUAUUUUAAAUGAUUAUAAACACGUGCAUUUUAAUAUAAUCAUUUUUUUAGUUAAUUAAAAAGGAAUUACUCAUUUUUAGCAUCCAAAAUAAAGCUUACAAAUGCCUAAUUUUCGCCAAACGACCAAUUUUUUAAAAAUAAGGAGUAUUUAUGAUAACCCUGCAUUCAUAGUUGGCGCGGAUUCCCGGCGAAGUAUAUAAAAAUCGUAUAAUUCGCCAUGAAUUCGGGCUAAAUGUGAAUAAGCGAUAA